ACGAGCUGCUGGGACCCAACCCAGGGAUUUACGCUGCUAAUCUGAUUAGUGUAUGAUGGACGUGUCCAGUUGGAAGGAGAUGGAGGUGGCACUAGUCAGUUUUGACAACGCGGACCAGAUCGUGGAGGAUCCCUGUUAUUCAAACGACCUCAGCCCCGCUGGCCAGUCACGCAAAGGCCACUCCAGCUGCGCCAACCUCCUCUCCAACUGGAGGAUCCUCAUCAACAGUGAGAACGCCAACAAUGAGACCAUCUUCUCCCGGUUCUCGGCGGAGUUCAGCGAGCACCUGGUGGGGGAGCGGGUGGGCAUGGACGAGGGGGAUCAGCGCGUCAUCAUCAACAUUGCUGGGCUCAGGUUUGAGACGCGGCUCAAGACCCUCAACCAGUUUCCCGAGACCUUACUUGGAGACCCCGAGAAGAGGAUGAGGUACUUUGACUCUAUGAGAAAUGAGUAUUUCUUUGAUAGGAACAGGCCCAGUUUUGAUGGGAUCCUGUACUAUUACCAGUCCGGUGGGAAAAUCCGGCGCCCAGCCAAUGUCCCCAUCGACGUCUUUGCUGAUGAAAUCACCUUCUACGAGCUGGGUGAUGAAGCCAUGGACCAGUUCAGGGAGGACGAGGGGUUUAUCAAGGACCCUGAGACUCUCUUACCAACCAAUGAAUUUCAUAGGCAAUUCUGGCUGCUCUUCGAGUACCCYGAAAGCUCCAGUGCAGCCAGGGGUGUAGCUUUGGUCUCUGUCCUGGUCAUCGUCAUCUCCAUCAUCAUCUUCUGCAUGGAGACCUUGCCAGAGUUCAGGGAAGAAAGAGAGUUUAAGUCCCCCAGCGAGCUUGCUAGGAACGCAACAGACACCUUGCUAACUCACAGCACCUUCACGGACCCUUUCUUCGUCAUAGAGACUGCCUGCAUCAUCUGGUUUUCCUUCGAGCUCUUGGUCCGCUUCAUCGUGUGCCCCAGCAAGACCGAGUUCUUCAGGAACAUCAUGAACAUCAUCGACAUUGUGUCCAUCAUCCCCUACUUUGUGACGCUCACCACCGAGCUGAUCCAGCAGAGUGAGCUCAACGGGCAGCAGAACAUGUCCUUAGCCAUCCUGCGGAUCAUCCGCUUGGUCAGGGUGUUCCGCAUCUUCAAGCUCUCGCGGCACUCCAAGGGGCUGCAGAUCCUGGGGCAGACCCUCAAGGCCAGCAUGCGGGAGCUGGGCCUGCUCAUCUUCUUCCUCUUCAUCGGCGUCAUCCUCUUCUCCAGCGCCAUCUACUUUGCCGAAGUGGACGAGCCGCAGUCCCACUUCUCCAGCAUCCCUGAUGGCUUCUGGUGGGCCGUGGUGACGAUGACAACCGUGGGCUACGGAGACAUGUGCCCCACCACGUUGGGCGGCAAGAUUGUGGGGACUCUGUGCGCCAUCGCCGGCGUCUUGACCAUCGCCCUUCCCGUGCCCGUCAUCGUGUCCAACUUCAACUACUUCUACCACCGCGAGACGGAGAACGAGGAGAAGCAGAUCCUGCCGGGAGAGGUGGAGCGGAUGCUCGCCAGCGUGGGAACGGGAGCCGGCAGCAUGGAGUCACUUAACAAGACCAACGGCACCUACCCGCGCGACAAGGCCAAGAAAUGAUGUUCCUGGCCGGGCCGGGACUGGGUGCUCUCGCACGGGAUUUGCCACCUGAGGUAUAAAAUAUCCACACGCUUUCUUUUUUUUUUUUGGUAGUCAUUUUUCAAUCCCUCAAUUCCUGCGGCUCUACAAAUAAAUACCAUCUUUCUUAUCUCUCUUCCCUGCCCAUCAGUCUUUUUUGUUUGUUAUUUGAUGCUCAUCUGCUUGACAUGUAGCUUCUCUGUCAUGGCACCAAGGUGGAGUUCCCCACCGUAGCGUAAAUAGAGAUAUAUACUGCUAUAUACUGGGGRAAAAAAAGGCAAAAAGAAGUGAAAUGACCUGCCCAGGGCCACUCAUCUGCACUGAGAGGUGAGGAUGGGCCCAGUUCCCGUUCCUUCUGGAAGCCAAGCUUAGGAUUUGGCUGGCAGAUCUGAUU